CGGGUGUAGGCGGGCGGGGGUGGAGUCAUGGCGGACCUGGGGACGCUGGAGGAGCUCGCGAAGCUCGAGUACCUGUCGCUGGUCUCCAAGGUGUGCACCGAGCUCGAUAAUCACCUGGGAAUCAACGACAAGGACCUGGCCGAGUUCGUGAUAAGUCUUGCUGAGAAAAAUACUACAUUUGACACAUUUAAAGCAGUUCUUCUAAAGAAUGGGGCCGAGUUCACUGAUUCCCUUAUUAGUAAUUUGUUGCGUCUCAUACAGACGAUGCGGCCUCCACCGAAAGCAUCUACGAGCAAAGAGACAGUUGCCAAACCCAAAUCGGAGAAGGAAAAGUUGAGGGAAUUGUUUCCAGCCCUUUGCAGGCCAGACAAUCCCAACAUCAGGAAUAUGUUGGAUGAAGAUGAUGUCAAAGUGGCAGCUGAUGCACUUAAAGAACUCGAAGCUCUGAUGCCAAGUGCGGACAGGCAAGGCAAGCAGCGGAGCAGCGAUCACCGGGCGAAGAAAAAGAGGAGGAGUCGAAGUCGUAGCAGGGACGGGAGACGCCGGCACAGAUCUCGCUCGAGGUCUCGUUCUAGGACUCGGGAUAAGAACAGGGGAAAAUCCAGAUACAGGUCAAGGAGCAGAAGUUGGAGUCCCAGUAGGGACCGUAGGGAUCGAGAGAAGUAUGUUGAGAAGAGCAACGAGAGAUGGAGAGACAAACACAUUGACCGUCCACCACCUGAGGAGCCUUCCAUUGGAGACAUUUACAACGGCAAAGUCACCAGUAUAAUGCAGUUUGGAUGCUUUGUGCAGCUGGAAGGACUAAGGAAGCGUUGGGAGGGCUUGGUCCACAUCUCAGAGCUUCGAAGAGAAGGACGGGUUGCCAAUGUUGCUGAUGUUGUGAGCAAAGGACAGAGAGUAAAAGUCAAAGUGUUAUCCUUUACUGGAUCCAAAACCAGCCUGAGCAUGAAGGAUGUUGAUCAAAGCACUGGGGAAGACUUGAACCCAAACCGGAGGAGAAACCUGGUUGGAGAAACUAAUGAAGAAAUCUCGAUGAGGAACCCAGACAGACCCAGUCACCUGUCCCUGGUGAACGCUCCGGAGGUGGAGGAUGACAGCCUGGAACGGAAACGCCUUACCCGAAUUUCAGACCCAGAGAAGUGGGAGAUUAAACAGAUGAUUGCAGCUAAUGUGCUUUCCAAAGAAGAGUUUCCUGACUUUGAUGAGGAGACUGGGAUUCUUCCUAAAGUUGAUGAUGAAGAAGAUGAGGACCUUGAAAUUGAGUUAGUUGAAGAAGAGCCACCCUUCCUUCGAGGUCAUACUAAACAGAGCAUGGAUAUGAGUCCCAUCAAAAUAGUCAAGAAUCCAGAUGGUUCCUUGUCCCAGGCUGCAAUGAUGCAGAGUGCUUUAGCUAAAGAAAGACGAGAACUUAAACAAGCCCAGAGAGAGGCAGAGAUGGAUUCUAUCCCCAUGGGACUGAACACACACUGGGUGGAUCCUCUCCCUGACGUGGAUGGAAGACAAAUUGCCGCAAACAUGCGGGGUAUUGGGAUGAUGCCCAAUGAUAUCCCAGAGUGGAAGAAACAUGCAUUUGGUGGCAACAAAGCUUCUUAUGGUAAGAAGACCCAGCUUUCCAUCAUUGAGCAGAGAGAGAGUCUCCCAAUCUUCAGACUGAAGGAGCAGCUGAUACAAGCUGUGCAUGACAACCAGAUUCUGAUUGUUAUUGGAGAGACAGGAUCUGGGAAAACAACACAGAUUACCCAGUACCUGGCUGAGGCAGGUUACACAUCGAGAGGAAAGAUUGGAUGUACUCAGCCUCGCAGAGUGGCUGCAAUGUCUGUUGCAAAGAGGGUGUCCGAGGAGUUUGGUUGCUGCUUGGGACAGGAGGUUGGCUACACCAUUCGAUUUGAAGACUGCACCAGCCCUGAAACUGUUAUCAAAUACAUGACAGAUGGUAUGUUACUGAGGGAGUGCUUGAUAGAUCCUGACCUGACUCAAUAUGCCAUCAUCAUGCUGGAUGAAGCCCAUGAGAGGACCAUACAUACAGAUGUGCUCUUUGGGCUACUGAAAAAGACAGUGCAGAAACGGCAGGACAUGAAGCUGAUAGUGACCUCAGCCACACUGGAUGCUGUGAAAUUUUCUCAGUAUUUCUACGAAGCACCAAUCUUCACAAUUCCUGGCAGAACAUACCCAGUAGAAAUUCUGUACACAAAAGAGCCAGAAACAGAUUAUUUGGAUGCCAGUCUCAUUACAGUAAUGCAAAUCCACUUAACAGAGCCACCAGGUGACAUUCUGGUGUUUCUGACUGGUCAGGAAGAGAUUGACACAGCCUGUGAAAUCCUCUAUGAGAGGAUGAAAUCUCUAGGACCUGAUGUUCCAGAGUUAAUUAUCCUACCUGUAUAUUCAGCUUUACCCAGUGAAAUGCAAACCAGGAUUUUUGACCCAGCCCCACCAGGAAGCAGAAAGGUUGUCAUCGCUACUAACAUUGCUGAGACAUCUUUGACUAUUGAUGGGAUAUAUUACGUAGUGGAUCCUGGCUUUGUGAAGCAGAAAGUUUAUAACUCGAAGACUGGAAUUGACCAGCUGGUUGUUACACCAAUUUCACAGGCUCAAGCGAAGCAACGAGCAGGAAGGGCUGGGAGAACAGGACCAGGAAAAUGCUAUAGGUUAUAUACAGAACGUGCUUAUCGAGAUGAAAUGCUAACCACCAAUGUGCCUGAAAUCCAGAGGACAAAUCUGGCCAGUACAGUACUUUCCCUGAAGGCCAUGGGCAUCAAUGAUUUGCUCUCCUUUGACUUUAUGGAUGCUCCCCCGAUGGAAACUCUUAUAACAGCCAUGGAGCAGCUCUACACCCUGGGAGCUCUGGACGACGAGGGACUGCUCACGCGACUGGGGCGCAGGAUGGCGGAAUUCCCCUUGGAGCCUAUGUUGUGUAAGAUGUUGAUCAUGUCUGUCCAUCUGGGAUGCAGUGAGGAAAUGCUGACAAUAGUAUCCAUGCUGUCUGUACAGAAUGUGUUCUACAGGCCAAAGGAUAAACAAGCACUUGCUGAUCAAAAGAAAGCCAAGUUCCAUCAGACAGAAGGGGACCACCUCACUCUGCUGGCUGUGUACAAUUCCUGGAAGAAUAAUAAGUUUUCAAAUCCCUGGUGCUAUGAAAAUUUUAUCCAGGCCCGAUCCUUACGCAGGGCACAGGACAUCCGCAAGCAGAUGCUGGGCAUUAUGGACAGGCACAAGCUGGAUGUGGUAUCCUGUGGGAAGGCAACAGUUCGAGUCCAGAAGGCCAUCUGCAGUGGUUUCUUCAGAAAUGCAGCAAAGAAGGAUCCGCAGGAAGGUUAUCGGACGCUCAUUGACCAACAAGUAGUUUAUAUCCACCCGUCCAGCGCGCUCUUCAACAGGCAGCCAGAAUGGGUGGUGUAUCAUGAACUGGUGCUGACCACCAAGGAAUAUAUGCGGGAAGUGACAACUAUUGAUCCUCGCUGGCUGGUUGAAUUUGCACCAGCUUUCUUCAAGGUUUCUGAUCCAACCAAGCUGAGCAAACAGAAGAAGCAGCAGCGGUUGGAGCCCCUGUACAAUCGCUACGAGGAGCCCAACGCCUGGAGGAUAUCGCGUGCGUUCAGGCGACGAUGAGCCUGGUUCCCUCGUGGACUCUUUACUCAUUGUAUAUUUGUGGGACACCGAGUUGAAGCUUACCAACAAAAUGAACAGAAAAGAAGUAUUUUCUGAGCAAAAGCACAAGGGGGCGACGUGUGCUCAUGUCAGCUACCCCCCAGAUGGCACCGCUCCAUGAAAAACGUCCUGAGUCUCCUCAGUGUGUUGCAUCAUUUCAGAAAUGGUUCCUGCAGGUUUCUUUAGUCAUUCCCCUUUUAAGAGACAAAACCUGAGACUCGGAAAUCGGGGCACUGUGCUGAACAAGAACAAAAAGAUAACAAUUUAAAAAUAGUUGUCCACCAACCUAACUGUUCUGAAUGACCAGACAAGUACAGGCUGGAAUAGUUCACCCCGCUAAAAGGGUUUUAUUUCUACUUACGUUCUUGGACAGUGGCUGCUUUUUGGGAGCUGCUUGUUCUCCAUUUUUCCUAUUUUAUGCAUUUUUCUGUUAAGUGUAACUAUUUGGCUUUUAUGCAAGCCUUCUGUGGUAAGAUAUUUAGUAUCUGGGAUAAGGCAGGAAAGAUCCCUCGAAGCCCAGCUAGAAUGUCAGUAAUACUUGGACAAUGGCACAGGUCAGACUGUGAGUCUUAUCCUUCAUCACCAUCUCCUGCGUGCUGAAGGCUAAUAUAUCAACUGGUAAUUAACCACAUCCACUCUGGAGCACGGCUCUGUCUGUGAAUGUAAGUGGUUACAGAUGUUGAGACUUUCUAUACAAUGUGUCAUGUGUUUUAUUUCCACUUACAAUGUUUUGUGACAUCAUGACUGUUGGUUUUUUUAAUAGAAUAUGCUCUUACAGCUAAAAUGUCUGUAAAACAUUGUGUAACAGUUCCUUGUUAAAAAAAGCAAUUGACUGUUCAGCGUGUGCUAUGUCAUGCUGAAGCUAUCUGUAAAUUAUUUUUCCUGUUGCAAGUAGAUGAAACUUAUUUGACUCCAUAGCUGCAGAUACUUUUUUUUUUUUUUUUUCUUUCCACAUUGGGACAUUUGCUAAAAUUCUUGUUGAAAUGAGUAGAAUGAAGUUGGCUGGUUUCUUUACACUCUGAAUAUGAAGAAUGUUUCACGCAGAAAAAUAGUUACAGUAGAAAUCUGUAUGUAUGUACAAAGGUGGGCAGGAAUGUUGUAUAUACUGUUUUAUUAUGUUGUAUAAAUGUCUUGAACUUUCCUGUGGUGUCACAUUUUCUUAAAUAGAAUUAAAAAGUUCCUACCUUUGGAGGCUUUUUACAUCAUGGCAUUAGGCAGAGAAAGUUUGUCCUAUUGACUACUCUUCUGAGCUUGUUCUUCCACAAACUCUGCAGCUGCAUCUGUUACUGUUUUCUAUGAAAAUUUACACUUGACUUUCAAAAGUCAAAUGAAAGAUGUACAAGAGAAAAUGUGCACUGUGGAAGUCCCAGCUGUACAGCAUACUUUGAGGUAUUUCUGUUCCAAAUUAAUUUUGUAUUUGCUUCUCCUGUGUAGCCUCUUUCUGACUUACAGUAGCAGAAGACACCAACAGUGAGGAUUUUCUUUUUUUAAGUGAAUGAUUGUCAUCUGUUCUCUGUGUGUUUUUUCUUUCCUUGUGUAAUUUCUUCAGUAAUUACCUCUAAUUAAUUUACAAAAACUUUUCCAUGUCAACCUCAGCUGCUCACUUUGGGAAUACCUAUGCAGAACUAGCCUGUGAAACAAGGAUGCUGGCUUACAAACUUGAAA